AUGGAUGGGGAAGAAGUUUGGGAUGGAGAAGAAGUUAAGGAGGGAGAAAUGAUUAUGGAUGGAGAAGAACUUAAGGAAGGAGAAGAAAUUAGGGAUGAUGAAGAAAGUAAGGAUGGAAAGUAUGGAGAAGAAAUUGAGGAGGAAGAAGAAGUUAAGGAAGGAGAAGAAGUUAUGGAUGGAGAGGAAGAAGAAGUUAAAGAAGAAGAAGAAGAAGAAGUUAUGGAUGGAGAAGAUGUUAAGGAUACAGAAGAAAGUGUGGAUGAGGAAGAAGUUUGGGAUGGAGAAGAAGUUAAGGAGGGAGAAAUGAUUAUGGAUGGAGAAGAAGUCAAUGAAGGAGAAGAAAUUAGGGAUGAGGAAGAAAGUAAGGACGAAGAAGAAGUUAUGGACGGAGAAGAUGUUAAGGAAGGAGAAGAAAUUAAGGAAGGAGAAGAAGUUAGGGAAAGAGAAGAAGUUUGGGAUGGAAGAAGAAGUUAA